AUGCCCAAGCCCGUCCAGCCCCCUCGUGUCGAGGUGAACAACCUCUCCUACACCUUUCCCGACUACUCGACGGGUAUCAGCAACAUCUCCAUUGACGUCCCGCCACGAUCGCGAACCCUACUUAUCGGUGCCAAUGGUGCUGGAAAGACGACUCUUCUUCGCCUGCUCGCAGGCAAACGUCUCGCGCCUGCCAAGACCAUCUCCAUCUGCGGCGUCGACCCCUUCCAAGACAGUCUCGAGGGCGUCACCUACCUGGGCCUGGAAUGGGUUCUCAACCCCAUCGUGAGGACAGACAUUGGCGUCAACGAGCUGCUCAGUUCCGUGGGCGGCGAUGCCUACCCCGAGAGGCGGGAGGAGCUGGUGGCUCUGCUGGACAUUGACACAAACUGGCGCAUGCACGCCGUCUCGGACGGCGAGCGUCGUCGCGUGCAGCUCGCCAUGGGUCUCGUCCGUCCCUGGACGAUCCUCCUCCUCGACGAGAUCACGGUCGACCUCGACGUCCUGUCGCGCGCCGAGUUCCUCAACUGGCUGAAGCGCGAGACGGAGCUGCGCGAAUGCACGAUUGUGUACGCCACGCACAUUCUGGACAACCUCGCCGGCUGGCCCACGCACCUCGUGCACAUGCACAUGGGCACCAUCAAGGAGUGGGACGAGGCGGACAAGAUGCUCGCCACGGUCGAUGCCACGGUCGGCACCACCGGCAACAGCCGUCUCGGCGAGCUGGUCAUGGGCUGGCUGAGGGAGGACCUCAAGGAGCGCGGCCCGCGCAGUCAGGGUCGGCAUGGCACCGAGGGCAAGACCUACGGCUUUGGUGGCAUGCAGCUCGGCGGCUACGGUGAUGAGUCGAAGCAGUUCAAGAAGUGA